AUGGCGACGAUAUCAGCACCGACGUCGCUCGCGACCUUUCCGUACGCGCAUGCGUCGUCUUCGCGCGCCCCGCACGUGACGCUCGGCCCGGUGCAUGGACGGCCGAAGCUGGCCGUCGCAGCCGUGCACGGCGAUGGAGUGUGGACCUACGACACGCUGCGACCAGCGACGUCGUUCACAGUGUCUCCCUCGACGGUUUUCGCGACCCCACCCGUUUCCUUCGUCACCGAGACUGAGAACGAGGAGGGAGAAGCGGAGAGCAGCAGGACCACCGCCGUCGGCAUUCACAGCGGCGAGGGAGUCAAGGGUGAGGGACGAGGGGUCUGGGUUUGGAGCGGAGAGGAGGGCGAGAAGCGCGCUAUCGCUCUCGAGCAGCCUGUACAGAGCCUGCAUGCUCUCAACGGCGGGUGGCCGCUGCUUGCUGUCGGCGCCGCCGCAUCGCUGCACUUGAUCAACGAGGACGGAAGCGUGAAGGUCCUGCAGAAGCCGCGAGGCAAGGCUCGGAUCCUGGCUGCGGGAGUGGAGGGAAACCGUGUUGUGCUCGCCGACGAGCAUGGACGGGUGUACGCCUUCUCGCUCGACCAUGACGGUGGUCGCGCGGAGCUCGCUGCGGAUGUCACACUCGGCAAGGAGCCGUUGUCUCUUCUCGCUGCCUCUGUCGGUGGAGGCGUGCUCACUGCCAUCGACAGCAACAACCGCGUUCACGUCCGCAAGAUCACCGACCUCGAGGCCGGUGGCGGCUCCAUUCCCCUCGCUCACCCUUGCACCCCCGCGGCAAUCGUCUCCCUCGGAAUGGCUGGACGUCCCAUCGCAGCCCUCGCCGUACCCCACCCGUUCCCCUCAGUCGCUCUCAUCACGCACCUCGCCGUGCUCUCGCAGGCUCCCGGCACCUACACUCUGGGCACUGUUCUCUCGCACCCCGGCUCUGACGGCAGCGGGCGAUCGGUCAUCCACGUUCUCGACGUCUCUGUCCCGGAGAGCGGCAUCGGCCUCUCGUCCCUGAUCGGAUCCGCCGAGGCCACUGCCGAGGUCUUCUCGCAGCGAACGCAGCCCCACGGUGCCGUCGACAAGAUGCUCGAGGGUCUGCGCACUUCGCUCGCGGCCAACACGCCCGAGAAGGCGGAGAAGAGCUUCCAGUACUGGCUCGACGAGGAGGACAAGAAGGCGACGGCGCACGCCCACGGCAGCGGCAAGCGCCAGGCGACUAUUCCCGAGUCUGUUGUCCGCCGCGUUGUCUCCGCCGUCUUCGACGCCGCCCUCGAGACCAAGGGCAAGAGCAAGGGUCCCUACGCUGGCCGCAUCAUUAGCACGCUCGCCGAGCGUCGCCUCCUCUCUGACGACAUGUACGCUGGCGGCCUUGUGCUCGGCGCGCUCCUCCCCGUCGGCGACUGGCGGAACAUUUCCCGCCUCGUUCGCUCUUCCCCCGCGCUCCCGUCCAAGGCCACAGUCGGCCUAAUCCAGCACGCCCUCGAGGGCAAGUCUGGCCCCAGCCUGUCCCAGGUGCUCGAGGACAUUCUCUCUGGUCCGGAGCCGGAUCCGGCGUACCGCGCCGAGCUCCGCGCCCUUUCGCCAACGGACGCGCUGAAGGUGCUCGAGCAGUACUUGGCCUGGGCCGAGGCGCACACCUCGCGCGGCGACGGACUCGAGUCCUGGCCCGAGCGCCAGUCGGCCAAGGACCUCCCGCCCCUCGCUGCUCUGGUGCAGCACGCCAGCAUGCUCCUCGACGCCCAGCUCGGCAACCUCGUCACGCUCCCCACAGCGCAGGCUGUGAUUGAGCGCUUCAAGGCUGCCAUUGAGCCCGCCCUUGCCGCCCAGAAUGACUACAGGCGCCUCAAGGCCCCGGUUGAGGCUACCCUUCGCGCGGGCAGGGAGCGGGCAGACGCGAGGAGGAAGGACGAGUCUGAGGAGCAGGUCGGCAAGUGGCGCGUGGAGGACUUCGUAUUCUAG